AUGUCUUCUUUGGAAUAUUAUAAUUGCCAACGAAUAUACUUGAUAAAUGAUACAUCUUUAAAAUCAGAUUGCGAAGAACGUUUCCGUUUAGAAUUCGCACCAGAUGGUACAGGUGAAUGGGCUUUUAAAUCAGAUGCAUAUGGUUUCUAUCUCACUGGUUCCGAUACUCAAGUUUCAUGUUUUUCCAAAUCUCCUGUCUGGUGGUCAUUUCGUUUAGCAACACAUCCUCAAGUACAUAUUCGUCAUCAGUUCCGUUCACGUUACUUACGUCUUCUUAACGAUGGUCUUGAGCUUCGAGCUGAUCAACCAUACCCAUGGGGUCCAGAGUCUGUUAUUUGGAUUGAACAGCCUACAAUGGUUGCAAGUCAAGGUUUUGGUCGUGGUCCAAAUAUCCCUUUAGUUGGCAAAGCUGCUGUUUCACGUCUUGGUCGUGUUGCCUUCCGAAUGCCGAAUGGAAAAUAUUUGAAAUCUAAUGGAGAAAUGUGUAAUGAAAUGGAUGAUUCCACCUUAUUUUCUUUUGAAUAUCGUCCUGGUAAUCCUGGUACAUUUGCUUUUCGUGAUCAAACAGGUCAUUAUUUGACCACAAUCGGACCUGGAACAACUAAAGUAAAAACAAAUACAAAUAUUGGUAAAGAAGAACUCUUUCUAAUUGAACAUGCUGCUUUACAAGUUGGUAUAGUAGCGCAUAAUGGGAAGUUCGCAUCAGUUAAACAAGGUAUUGAAAUUUCUGCAAAUCAGCAUGAAUUAGACGAAACAGCUAUUUUUCAGUUGGAAUAUAUUGGUGGGAUGGGUUUUAAUGCUUUAGAGGCUAUAGCAUCUAGCCCAGCAUCGACUCUAUCUGGUCCAGAUGGUGGAGUCAGUGACUCUUCUGCUUCUAAUUCAAGUUUAAUCAAUAAUAACCAUUCCAUUACUAAUGGUGUUCAUUCAGAUGUUUACUUUCUAACAACCGGAUUUUGGCGUCUGCGUUCUCGUAGUGGAAAAUUAUGGAAACUUGCUUCAUCAUCUGGUGUUAAGAAUACUUCUUCAGAUGGAGAUCAAGAAAGUUUAUUUGAAAUGUUAACUGUGAAUAAAGUCAAUGAUAAACAAAUUCGUCAAAUUGUAUUUCGGUCAAAUGAUGGUGAACAGUCUUUGACAGCUCGUAAACUUGGUGCUGUAUCUACAAGUGGUCGUUUAAUUGAUGAAACUCAGCUACCAUCAUCCGAUGAACUAUUCAAUAUUAUUUUAACGAAUAGAACAUCAAUUGUGUUUUUAUCUUCAUUAACUGGUGGUUUUUUAGUACGUGGUAAACAAAAUAUUCUUGAUUCAAAUGGAGUAGCUUAUGAACCAUUUUACAUUCGAGUAACUAAACGGCAUACUUAUAAAUUUUUUGCUCGUAAUCCAAAUUCAACAUAUUCCAUAUGGGCAGCUAGUUUAGAUGGUACAUUACAACUUGAACCUACACAUCAAACUCCUACUGAUGAUGAAAACAAUAAAGACACUGAAGACACUAUUAAUAAUGAUUUGAAAUAUGAAUUCCAACUUCAUUUCCUUGGUCAUAGUCGAGUGCUUAUUCAAUCAUUGAAUAGUCAACGUGGUAAUUCAAUUUCUUUAGUCAAAUCUGAAGUUAAAGGUGAUGUAAAAUUAGAUAUACCAAGUGGUGGUGAUAUAACAAUAAAUUAUAUUUGGGAAAUUUAA